AUGCCUUCAACCGCAACCGCCCGCAAGGCGUAUCGCGCCGACGCAAAAGCCAACCACACACUCUUGAGCGAGCAGGAGAGGGCGCGACUGAUCAAGUCCCAUUUGCCUCCCGUCAAUGAUAGCCCGCCGGUCUCAAAGAAGAGCAAGCAGCAAAAAUCCCACCUCGGCGUACGCCGCUUCUUGAAGAAUGCGCUCUUCAUCUUCGUCUUUGCCGUCAUGCACGGUAUCUUCUCCCUCUACAUCCGACUCCGACAGGCCUGGAACAUUGUGCGCUACCAAAUAUCUUCCGUGCUGUACUACCACCACGGCACUCCGGAGUACAUUCGCCGAGAUAUCAUGGGCCUGCCGAAGAAGCCGAACCACCUAAGCGCCGUCCUGCGAGCCGAGGAGGAUAAGCGGCCCAAGGCCGAUCUCGAGCGUCUGAUUGACGAGGCGGCGGAGCUGGCUACUUGGACAGCCUGUGCCGACAUCCCGAUGCUCUCCAUCUACGAGAAGACUGGAAUUCUGAAGAAGAACAUGCCCCGCAUCUACGAAGCCAUCCUCGCGAAAUUUGCCCUGUACUUUGGAACGCAACACCCGUCUCUAUCCGUUUCGUCGCCUCACCGCGAGACCGUGUCUUCCCCUGCCUCGAUGAGCGCCAACCCUGCCGGUCAGCUGCGAGUUCAUCUGAUUUCUGCGCAGGACGGUCGCGAAUCUGUUGUCGACCUGACCCGCACUCUUGCCGACAUGUCCCAGAAGGGCAAGCUGUCGCCUCGCGACAUUUCUAUGGACCUAAUCGACGCUGAGCUCUCAGAGGGCAUCAUGCCUGAGCCGGACCUGCUGAUCCUGUUCAGCCCGUACGUCGAACUCUCUGGCUACCCGCCAUGGCAGAUUCGCCUCACGGAGAUCUUUUGUCUCAAGGACAACGAGUCCUUUGGUUACCAAGUCUUUGUCAAGGCGCUCCGCAACUUCUCAAAUGCUCAGUUCCGUCGCGGAAAAUAG